AUGGCUGAAGGUAGCUGGCUUUUUAUUUGGAGUGUCACCUUGCUGGCACACACAGGUCACAGCUGCCCUGAGAAAUGCCUCUGCUACACAGCCUCAAAGACUGCAGACUGCAAGAACAGAGGAUUUACUGAAAUUCCUGCCCAUUUACCUCCUGAAAUCCAGAUCCUACAGCUGCAGAACAACCGUAUCUGGAGAAUCAACCAAAACGCAUUCACUGCAACGCCGUUACUCAAAAUCUUAGACUUGUCUAAUAAUUCUCUCUCAAGUGUGGCACCUGGUGCUUUCCAAAAACUGAGGUAUCUACAGGUUUUAAACCUAACCAGAAAUUUGAUUCAUUAUAUAGAAAACAAGACUUUCAGUUUCCUCCCACACCUAAAAGAACUGGACUUGUCAUCCAACAGCAUUAUUCGAUUGCCUGAGACAUUUGGAAACAGCACAGGGAAUAUAACAUUGCUCUCAGUGAAGCAUAACAAACUGCAGAAAAUGGAAAGAAUUCUGCUGGAGUCACUUCCAAACCUGAAAGUGGUUCUCUUCAAAGAUAAUCCCUGGCAAUGCAAUUGUAAUAUCUUUGGCAUGAAACUGUGGUUGGAGAGUUUUCUAUACAGAGGAGGAAUUAGCGAUGGCAUUAUCUGCUCAGCGCCAGGCAGUCGGAAGGGGAAGGAUCUCCUCAAAGUUCCCUACGAGCUCUUUGGGGCCUGUCCCCUGAGGGCGGCUCAGGCGUGGCCGGCCAGCAGCCACCAGCACGGUUUUGAGCAGCGGAGCUCGCCCAAGCACAGCCACCACGGCGAGCCGGGCGACGGCGGCCGCGGCGGCUGCGAGCCCAAGGCCCGGCCCAGGCCCGUCAGCCUGCGCCACGCCAUCGCCACCGUGGUCAUCACCGGCGUGGUGUGCGGUGUGGUGUGCCUGAUGAUGCUGGCGGCUGCUGUCUACGGCUGCGCCUACGCCGCCAUCACCGCCAAGUACCACCGGGAGCAUUUGGCCCCCAUCGGGCAGCACGGGACUCACGAGGAGAAAGAGCCGUUUGAGGGCUCCAUGGCUUGACUUGCUUCUGUCUUUGGCUUCUUGAAAAUAAAGCCCUCACUGCAGCUGAAAAGUCUGGAAUCUCCAUAGCAUUGUUUUGAUAGAAAUUACUGGGGUUGUUUUCUUUCUUUUUGCUUUUUCACACUCUUUAAAAAUCUAAGUAUAUAUAUUGUUUGGAAUAUUCACUAAGACUUGGUAUAAAACAACAGAAGUUUGUUUAUUUUGUUUAUGUAUACUCCAAAGUCACUACUUAGGGCUGAGUGUUUGAGAUCAUGAAAUCUUGAUGUAGUGAGUUUAAAGUAUUUCACCAUCCUUUACUAACUCUUGAUUCAGUAUUAUACCAAAACAUGACCUAUGGUACACAUACAGUCAGUGGCUGACAGGAGUGAUGCUCUGCAAA